CAUCCAGCAUCACCGGGUGGUAGGAUAGCUCCCUUCAAUAACCCGCCAAUUCAACCGCCACAGCCAACAGCAGCACCGCGGAACCUCCGGACUUAAGAUGGCGUCAAGAGGGCUGCAGUUCGUCUACGCGGCCGCCAUCCCGACGGCAAUCGGAGUCAGCCUACUCCAGUCGUCCAUCUACGAUGUCAAGGGCGGCAGCCGGGCCGUCAUCUUCGACCGGUUGUCGGGUGUCAAGGAGACGGUAGUGAACGAGGGCACACACUUUCUGAUUCCCUGGCUGCAGAAGGCCAUCGUCUUCGAUGUGCGGACAAAGCCCCGCAUCAUCCCGACGACGACGGGCAGCAAAGAUCUGCAAAUGGUCAGCUUGACGCUCAGAGUGUUGCACCGGCCUGAAGUACAGGCGCUGCCCAAGAUCUACCAGAACCUCGGCCAAGACUACGACGAACGUGUGCUCCCUUCGAUCGGCAACGAAGUCCUCAAGUCCAUCGUGGCUCAGUUCGACGCCGCCGAGCUGAUCACUCAGCGCGAGGCCGUCUCCCAGCGGAUCCGGCACGACCUGAUGAAGCGGGCGGCCGAGUUCAACAUCGCGCUCGAGGACGUGUCAAUCACGCACAUGACGUUCGGCAAGGAGUUCACCAAGGCGGUCGAGCAGAAGCAGAUCGCGCAGCAGGACGCCGAGCGGGCGCGCUUCAUCGUCGAGAAGGCCGAGCAGGAGCGGCAGGCCAACGUAAUCCGCGCCGAGGGCGAGGCCGAGAGCGCCGAGACCAUCAGUAGGGCGAUCGCCAAGGCCGGCGACGGCCUGAUCCAGAUCCGCAAGAUCGAGGCGAGCAGGGAGAUUGCGCAGACGCUGGCCAGCAACCCCAAUGUGGCGUAUCUGCCGGGCGGGAACAAGGGGACGAAUCUCUUGAUGAGCGUGGGUCGGCAAUAGGCGGGGGCAUUUGGAGAGGGGAUGGGAGGUCCGGUGGCGUUGAUGACACGAUAAAAUCAGACGAGGCUGUGUAUUACUACUCUACGACUGCUGUUUAUUCCCCGCUUCGGACUGUCAAUAGGAGUACGGAUUCCAAAUGGUUGUCCCCUUAUGAGCCGGGAACAGGCUCUAACUGUCUCAAAACACGGCAUGAAACGUUGCGUAU